GUCGUGACGUCACGGGCCGCGACGCAGGCCCUCUGCGCCGCCUGCCCGGGAAUGAAUCAUGGCUGAAGACUCUCAGAGAAAUUUCCGUUCGGUCUAUUAUGAAAAAGUGGGGUUCCGUGGAGUUGAAGAGAAAAAAUCAUUAGAAAUCUUGCUGAAAGAUGACCGAUUGGAUAUUGAGAAGCUCUGCACAUUUAGUCAAAGAUUUCCUCUUCCGUCCAUGUAUCGUAUCCUGGUGUGGAAGGUACUUUUAGGGAUUAUUCCUCCUCAUCAUGAAUCUCACGUCCUGGUGAUGAUGUACCGGAAGGAGCAAUAUAUGGACGUGUAUCAUGCCCUCCAAGUAAUUCGCUUCAUCAGUGAUUCUACCCCACAGGUGGAAGUUUUCCUUCGCAUGCAUCAACUAGAAGCAGGAAAGUUGCCUCGAAAUCCAGCAUUUCCUCUGGAAGCAGAAGAUGAAGUGUUUCUUGCUAUUGCGAAAGCCAUGGAGGAAAUGGUGGAGGAUCCUAUUGACUGCUAUUGGCUUGUCAACUGUUUUGUGAAUCAGUUACAUAACAAGUACAAAGAUUCAUUGCAACAAUUGCCAAAAGUUCUCGAACAGUAUUUGAACCUUGAAGACAGCAGACUCCUGAUGCAUCUGAAGACAUGCUCCACAAUGAGCAAGCUUCCCUAUAAUCUUUGGUUUAAGAAGUGUUUUGCCGGCUGUUUACCAGAUUCCAGUUUACAGAGGGUUUGGGAUAAAGUUAUUAGUGGAUCCUGCAAGAUUCUUGUUUUUGUUGCUGUGGAGAUUUUAUUAACCUUCAAAAUGAAGAUCAUGGCCCUAAACAAUGCAGAAAAAAUCACCCAGUUUCUGGAAAAUAUUCCACAAGACAACACAGAUGCGAUUGUGAGCAAAGCUAUUGAUUUGUGGCACAAACAUUGUGGAAACCCAGCGCAUUUGGUGUGAGAACUUGCUGAAGUAUCUGCAGAUUGGGAAAAGAUGCCUUUUGAAGAGCUGGAGCCAUUUCCAAAAUCUGGCCUUGGGGAUUGUACUCAGUCUAUUAUAAAGUUUGUGGACAGAUGAAAACUUUUCCACAAAACUGGGAAGCAUGAAUCAGGUCUGCAUCAGCUGUGGCCCAGUGGCUCUAUAAAAACAUUCAUUUUAAAAUUUGCAUAUGUAAAACUCUGACUGAAGUUGCUAGAUGAGUAUGACUCUGGGGGAAGAAUUGGUUCAAAGGACCUGUUUUAUUACUGUUAUACUGAGGUAAUGGAAUGAUUUUGAUGAAGGCAGUGGAAUUAUGUCUGGUGUACUGGCCAGGCCCCAUGUAGCAGGAAUAUUUUUUUGAAAAAGCAGCACAACUAAUCUAGUUUAAAAUACCAAGAAAGUUAUGGUUUGUGUGUGUCAGACUAUGGCCUUAUA